AUGGUACUGGAGAGCCGACUGGCUGACCUGCUACAAGGGCAGGCCAAAAAGUUUAUUCAUGGCUUCAAUGCGGAGCACCUCAAUCUAGGCCUUUUAAGUGGCUACCUAGAGCUUCGAAAUUUGGCGCUAAACCCCGAGCCUGUCGAUGAGCUGAUGCUCGGGAGCGACCUGCCUUUUGUUCUGAAGGCAGGAACGCUUUCCUCGGCCAUGCUGCAGUUGUCCAUCAUACAAGGCGAACUGGAGAUCAUCGUGGACGGGCUUGUCCUCGUGCUUGCUCCAGCAUGCAGAUGGCUUAGCCGAGAGGAGGUGUACCAGCACCGCACCAACGAAAUGGAACGCUUAGAGUUUGUGCACAUGCGGAGCCAGACCCAACGGCGGACCCUAGAACGCGAGAUGUUUCGGAAAUUGUUUGCUGAUUAUUUGUCGCGCAUCAAAAUCACAGUCAAAAAUGUGCAUGUGAGACUGGAGAUCGAGGGCGAGCUGGUUGAUGGUCCCUCAGGCCCUCCGCUGGCUCUUGGAUUGCUGGUUUCUGCGUGCGAUGUUACUCCUGUUGCUACAGAGAACCAGAAUGGCGAGGAGGUUCGCAAGUCUGAGCUUCUGCUGGCCGAAAAUGUUAGUCUACGAGGUUUGCAACUCUACCAAGAAUUGGCAGGCGACUUUGGAAUCUUCCAGAAGCUUUCUCAAGCCGAGCGGGAGCUCAUGCCGUCCACAGACAUGGCCAUCAAGGUGGACCUGAAGUCCCAGGCAUUGUACACCGACUGUCAUGUGGAAAACUGCUUGACACUGGAGGUCGCCCUUUGCCUGCAGAAUCUUUCUCGAUUUCGUUUCACGGCCAGCAUUGUCGAAGGCAUCCGUUGGCUUGUCCGAAGGACUUUGGACUUCCAGAUGUGGCCAUUCCUGCAUGCGCUGCAUGGCAAGCCUGCCAAUGGGCGUGGCAGAUGGCACGUAAUUCGCAGCUUCGUUGCCCUAAAGCGGCGAAUACAGUCGAAUGCCUAUGCGCUGCAAGAUGCAAUUCGAAUGCGAAUCAACUGCAAGGAGUAUAUCCGGUUGUACAAGAAAAAGUUCAAUGGUCCUCAGAGUACUUUUGCCUGGCGUCGAUCUCUCCCAGCGUUGACGGCAGAGGAUGCAACAACACUUGGCUUGAUUGAAUUGUCCUAUCCGGCCGACAAGCUCGUCAACUUUCGGUUAAUGGCACAGACGGAGAUGAAGACUGAAACCUCCAUCAAUUGUUAUGCGGAAGAAGGGGCCAUGCCUGCAAGGAGUCCCAGGUCGAACCUGUCCUGGCAGGUGCGCGAGCUCACGCCGAUGGAGCAGCUCCAUUUGCACGGCCAGCAUGGAUUUGGGACAAAUAUUUUCCGCGGUUUGCCUCCUCCGCCAUCAAACCUGAAGGUCCGCAUCGACAUCGUCGCCCCCGACGGCUUAUGGUGGGUUUGCAAUUUGGGUACGGCAGAGGGACCCAGACCAGCUGAUGGCAGUUGGGCUGUGGCUGCGGACUCACGGCAGCCCAUACGACUGCUCUUGGUUGACAGCGUCACGGACAACAGUGUCUUCGCCACUGUGGAAGUGCCUCGUGCAAAGAGGGGGGACCGUCCAGUGGCCUUGCUGCUCGGGCGGACAGAGGAGGCUUUUGCUUCCGGCUCUCCUGGCCGACGAGUCGGCCUCGACGAAGGCCAGGGGGGCAAAGGCGCAGCAGAGUGGUGCUCAGUGCUGGAGUUCGACGGCUCCAUCUGCUGCUGGGGACAGGUAAAGACGGUGCCAAUGUGCGCUUCCCACAGCCCUUGGGACAUCUUUGCCAGCUUCAGCUGUGGCUCCGCGAUUGACCACGAGCUCCGCCGGAGCGACACCAGCUUUGGGAGGAUCUCUCCAAUUGAAGAGGUUGUCAGCGGCUUUUCGAAGCGAAGCAGCAGCACAGCAAGCCAUGCUUCAACGCGAGAAGAGGACGCCUACGUGAGGCUGAACUUGCCUCUCCGCAUGGGCAGCGGACAGGAGGGCCCCCUGGUAGAGUUCUUGCGCUGGUGCCUGACUCUUUCGCAAAAGUUGACGUGGCCAUACACAGGAUCCCAGUCCGCCCUGGCCUACUUUGCUGUGCUGGUCCGAAGUGGCUAUGACCUUGCUGCACUUCGAGCACACCUCUCCUUGCCGCCGCUCCUACUGAGAGGUGUCAGCAGCGUGAGCAGCGCCGACGUGGAGCCCGAGAACGCCACAAAGCCGCUGUGCCUGCCGCGACUGGAGGCGGCCUGCCACGUGGAGCACGGAGGUCUGGUCGAUGGCUUUGUCGUGGGAAUGCACAACCUCUACAACUUCGCCAACAUGGUGGCGAUGAUGCCAGCAAUGAAGCGCCCGCAGGCGGCCAGCACGGUCCCAGUCCCGAUGGGUCGGCGCCACGGCAGCGCCCAACCUUUGUCGCUCGAACCGCUGCAGCAGGCUCCACCGGUGCUGCUGGCGAUGGGAGCGUUGCUGACGGCAAUGGCGCUGGUGCUUUCCGGGCUUUCCGGUGGUUGCAAGAGGCAGGCGACGAACGUCGCAGCGUCUGCAGCGGAGAUGCGACGAGCUGAGCUGCUUGCCGUGACCCAACACCAUGGCCUAGCAGGGUGCGUUCCCCUCUCAGCUGGCCCAGGUGAUCCACUUGCAGGUAUCACGUUGAUGUCCACAUUGCUUGCUGUUAUUCUUGGACGCCGAGUGCUGUGGGACCAGCAAAGCUCCAAGUCCAGAGACUCCAGCGAUGUCUCCGAGGUCUUUCGGUUCUUCGCUGCAACUUUGCAAGUGCUGCUGGUCAUGGGCUUUCCAGUACAUCGCUGUUGCUUGCCUUUGGCGGCCUGGGUCGGCUCUGUGGAGUUGCUGGAAGUUCUCACCGAAGGAUGCAGAGAAGUGCCAAGAGGGAUUGCUGUGGACGAUCUCAUGCUGUGGGCGGCACGUGGCAUAUACGCCAACCCACUGAUCAGCCAAUCGCAGGUCCUUUCCUGGCUGACCGACCGUCAUGCGGAUCCGAAUUAUCGGGACUCGUCAGGAAAAUCUGUCCUGGACUGGGCAUGCUGGGCUGGAUGCGAGGAGCUGGUGACUCAGCUCCUGCGGCGUGGCCGCGUGCGGCCCACCGCCCUCACCGGAGAAGCUGGGCUCACACAGUUUGUGCAGCCCCUGCUGUUGGCUGCGGCCAGCCGCUCGACGAAGCUCGUGCGACUGUUGCUUCGCGCUGCAGGUGAUCCGCAUGCUGCCCCAACAGGCGAUAGCAACGGCCAUGCAUGUGGUCCCUUGCUGCUGGCGGUGAGAUGCUGUGAAUAUGAGCUCGCCUGUGAGGUCUUGAAGAGCGCCGCCUGUAUCAACGUAGAGAUGGCCCUUGGAGCUGCGAGUCCGGGCAAGCGGGAUCGCGGGUCAAACCUGCCAAACCCUCCCGAGGAGGAGAAGCCGGCAGGCCAUGCGACCCGCGCUACCUUCGUGCUCGUGGAGUCCCUGCGGCGCUUCGCCAGCGGUCUCCAGCGGCGGAACGUGGAGGAGGUGGCACUGACUGGUCUGCGGGCACAUGUACCGGGCCCACAUCCCGACGAAUGCCUUUACUCCACUUGCAGCAUGCCGGUGGGCGAUGUCCUGCACCCCCUGGCGGCACAGCUCCCCACGCCAAUGCACCGCGUCCCGCUGGAGCGCCGGCCAGGGCUGCUGCCGUUGCCAUGGCUGAGGGGUGGAGAUGAUCCCUGGGGACCAGCGCGGCUAUUGGUGGAGUGUCUGCUGCAGCGGGGCUUUCAGCCAGAUGAAGCUUUUCUGUCCAAAGUGACACCCGCCUUGCCACCAGAUGUACAGGUCUUGACAAGGCGAUUGUGCUCUGAGGAAGAUUGCCUUCAGCCGCUGCCGACGCUUCUGGCAGAUAUUCUGUCCGAGAGGAGGGUGGACCACAUGGUGAAGGGCAGUGGUCAUCCUGCAAUGUACCCUACUUCUACAUCUGUCCACUGGCAAGAUGUCAACGGAGGCGGCAAGAAGGACAUGUUUUUCUCGAAGGAGCUCUUGAGACCCUGGCCUUCCUUCGGACAUGAGGAGACUUCGGCUGAGAUGCUUUUCGGGCACGAGGCCCAUGAAACGAAGGGCCUGGCAAGUGCCACAGACUACAUGAAGGCAGGGGCGUGGAGUCCGACUGCCAUCCGUACGGGCUGGCAAGAGCAGCCGGAAGAGGCAUCGCAAAUGCCAGCCAUUCGUGUGGUGGUCUUGGGAGCCCCGCGAGUGGGCAAGAGUAGCGUGGCUCGGGUCUUGGCCGACUACUUGGGCUUUAGCUACGAGGAGGAAGCCGGCGCCUGGCUGCGGGUGGUCCGUGGUCAUUGGCCCAACUCCGGUGCAAAACCUGUUGUGCAGGUCUACAUCUGGGACACCAUGUCCACUUUGGGCCCGAACCUACCGCACUUGGUCACAGAUCCGGACGCUUCAACCUUCGUGGUGGCGGUUGUGGACGAGUCGAACAGCGAAGCGGCAGCCAUGGCGCGGAAGUGUGUUUUUGCAGAUUCUCAGUUCUCGGCUCCCAGGCGAGCUCUGAUUGUAGAGAACAUCUUCUUCAACAAUGGCAAGGGGCCCUUCGAGGAGGGAAGCGAGGGCGGCCUGCAAAUGCUGCGGACGCUGCGCUGCAAUGUCGCCGAGCAGGAGGGCCAGAGCAGCCUGAAGAGGGUGUUUGGCAAGAUGAUUGCGGACAUGGCUGGGCAAAUCGAGGCCCGCGCCGAGGCCUCGCUGGGCGAAGUCGGUCAGCUGGCGCCCUUGGCGCCUUGCGGUCAGGGGGACCUGCGAAGCGUCUUGACGAGGGACACGGCCCUGGUCUGUGGCGGCUCGCGGAAGAGCCUCGGUCGGCGGGCCUUGGCGUACAGGCUGCAGGGGGACUCCACCUACGUGGACCCAACAGCUGCCUCCAUCGCAUGGGCGGCAGUUUGCGCAGCACGGAGCACGCUGCCCCAGGAGGUGAAUUGGCUCACUGGGUCCGCUCCUAGCUCGAGCAGCACGGGUCCGUGGCAAGCAGCUCUGGUCUCUUGGGAGCGCUUGGAGACGAUCCUAACACUAGGCCACGGCAGCCGCCAGUCGUCUGCAACGCUCGGCAGAGCCUUGAUUGACCUCGGCCUCAUUUGUCCAGUGCCGGGGCUGGACAAGGCUUGGCGAGACCGUGACAAGAUGGUGUUGAAUGCAGUCCUGAUUCCCGACUUUGCCCCCCGGCUGAAGCCAGGUGCAUCCGUGGCAGAGCUGUUGCGCCCAGCUCAUGAGAGAGGGCGUGCGCAGCAAGCCUACGUUCGGGUAUUGUGGACUGAUGUGAAGCAUGGCGUUCCAAAGCAGUCGCCACCCUCACUUCGGAUCGCACUGCGAGACCUGCUGGCAAAUGGUGCCUUGGGAUAUGCCUCUCAGAAGAGCUUGGUGCUCCACUACUUCGCCUUGCUGGACUGCGAUGCCCGAGCUGACACUUCAGAUCUGGAGCCUGGCUUCAUCCUGGCCUUUGACCUUGAGACGAAACCCUCACAGGACUCGCAGCUCCAUGAGGCACUGGUAGAGAUGAGGUCCGAAUCACCCGAGUGCGGGCUCUCGGCCGGGCUCGCGGACCUCAUUGCUGCGCAUCCUGGUCAGGGCCUGACCUUUGUGCUCGUCCGCACCUCCAGUGAUCCGACACAAAGAUUCUGGGACAUCCUGUGCAGUGGCCCGCAUGCCUACUGGGCCUGGCACGCGCUGCUGCAGGCGGGUCAUGGCUCCAAGCCCACUUUCACGGGCUUCAGCAAGUUGAGGGAGCAUGGCAAAGUUGAGGAAGGCGACUUCCCACUCCCGAGCUGUCUGCUGUCUGCCUCAUCACUGAAGUGUACAGAUCUCGACCUAAGUGAUGUGAGUCCAGAUGAGCUAGCGGCUGUGGCGUGGCUGCUCUGUGGCCCACAAGCCAAGGAAGCAAGGGAUCGCUUGACAAUGGCCAUAGAGGCCCAGUCAUGGUCAAGCUGGAGCUGCUGCUCGGCCCUGUGCCGUGCGAGGGUGCCAUCCUUUAACUUCACGGGGACGUUGGCAUGCUGCGCUGAGUUUGAGGCCUGCUUACUUGCAAGAAACUGGCAUGAGAUGCCUUAUCUCUUGAACGAGGCUUUGUCCUCUGGAGUUGAAGCAUGGGCACUCUGUGUCACAGCUCUUGCCCGUCUUGCGCGUGACACUGCGGCCGCUGCAGCCAGCGGUGGCUGCAAGCUACCCCUUCUAAACUCCAGUGAAGACGAGCACGUUCACUCUGCUCACUCGCGAGUGACGCUCCUCCCAGAAGGUCCGCAGCUGCUCCGAAACGAGGAGUACGAGGAUCUCUCGUCACCGCUUUUGACAGGGACCGAUGUCACUUCAGCCGUCCAGGUGUGGCUUGCUGUCUGCAGGCCCUGUGCUCUUUGGAUCAUGGCCGGAGCUGCGAAGAGAUAUUGCCCACCGGUGCAUCCUCCAGGGCCAGAUAAGCCAGGUCUUGUCUCAGAGAUCGUCAAAGCCUUGAAAGUGGCAGUUGGCACCUUUGUGUCUGACGUGGUGGUGUCUGAUGUGUGGGACGCACUCAAGCAGAAAAGCUCUUCCGGACGCUUGCUGCUUCCGAGACCAGGUGGUGGCUGGCUUUGGAUCGAGCCUGAGAAGACCAACUGGUUCGCAGUCGAGUCUGAGUUGUCAUAG